CUCAUGGGAGUGACGUUCCUACUACAGUGCAGUAGGUGGCCGUAAUGUUCCAAAAGAGCGAUCCGUCAAAACAAGAAGAAGAAGAAGAUAACGCAGGAUGUCUGAAAAGGACACUGAAACCUUUGAUGUCAUGGAACUGGCAGAGCAUGUGAAGAAACAAAGAUGGUGGAACAAAAUGUUUGGCAAGAAUCAAUCUGGACCGGCCGCUGAGAAGUACUCUGUUGCAACACAGUUGGCCAUCGGAGGAGUGACUGGCUGGUGUGCAGGGUACUUGUUUCAGAAAGUUGGGAAGCUUGCAGCAUCAGCUGUAGGUGGUGGCUUCUUUUUGCUCCAGAUUGCUCAUCACACAGGCUACAUUAAAGUAGACUGGAAAAGAGUUGAGCAUGAUGUGAAUAUGGCCAAGAAGCAAUUGAAGCUAAAUUCAGACAAGCCCCCUGAAGAAAUGAGAACAAAAUUUAAUGAGGUGCAGGUGUUUGUCAAGAAGAACAUCGUUCUCACUGGGGGCUUUGCUGGAGGAUUUCUGAUUGGCCUGGCUUCAUAAGAGCUCUCUCAUUGAUAUCUUAUACUCUGAGGAUGUCUUCUAACUAUGUAUACAGCAGAUUACAGCUUUUGUCUGAUAUUGCAGCUUUUAUUUAAUUCACAGCUUGUAUUUAUCUCAGUGCUUAUUAGUUCUCUAUCGAAGGUUAUGUGUUCAUAAGAAAACAGUUAAGCUUGCUAGAAUGUAUGGUUUCAGUUUUUGAAUGUACACUGUUUUUUUUUUUAGUUUGUACUUAACACCUGUUAAAUUUAUUUAUUAGAUUUUUUUCUAUAUUAUUUUGGAACAAUCAAUUUCUGAAAAUGACUUAAAUUCAGUUUAUGUAAAUAGUUGCAACAUUUGAAAUUGCCCCAGUUGAGACCCAUUUCUAAACUUUCAGAAAUAUGGUUACUGAGUUAAGAGCAUUUAACUGUACAAACUUGAGCUAUUUUUGUAAUAAAUCGGGACAUUAUUUAAAAGACCAAGGGUCAAUAAAACUUGCAAUUUUAACUGAUAAUGGCAGAAAUGUUAAAUGUAAAUUGACAAUCAGGUUUUAAACAAUGCUGGUUUGCCUUUUUUUCUUUUCUUUUUAUUGUUGUUUUUUAUGAAAUCCAUCUCUAUUUUUGCCAAAUUACAGCUAAUGCUUACCACAUCAUGAUUAUGAUGUUCCAUUUUCUUUUUGAUUUUGUGAAUGAGUAUCCCUGCUGUAUUUUCAAACUUUUGGAAAUCUUAACUUGACCAACUGGUGUUCAGUGUCACUUAAAUAAAAUAUGAAAUGAG